AUGGGCGUAAAGCUGUUAGGAGCUGCCUUACCCGCCGUGCCAAGCUCCAAUUUAAGAUCCAGUUCUCUCUUUCCUCUCCAAAGCUUGGCCAAAAAUUGCAGCAUUCGAGUUCCCAAUUCAAGAUUCCCAAAGAAUGCUGCAUUGUCAAUUCAAGCCUAUGCGGCUUCCAUGGGAUUGACAUCAAAAAAUAGGGUAGAUAAGACUGAAAGCUAUACUCUUGAUGGCAUAAGAAACUCUUUAACACGUCAAGAGGAUAGCAUUAUUUUCAGCCUUGUGGAGAGGGCUCAAUUCUGUUAUAAUGCAGCGACAUACGAUCCAGAGGCUUUUGCAAUGGAUGGAUUUGAUGGUUCUUUGGUAGAGUACAUGGUUAAAGAAACCGAAAAACUACACGCUAAGGUUGGAAGAUACAAGAGCCCGGACGAGCAUCCAUUCUUCCCAGAUGACAUUCCUGAACCGAUGUUUCCCCCUCUGCAAUACCCACAGGUUCUACAUCCAGCUGCAGAUUCAAUCAAUAUCAAUGCCACAAUAUGGGAUGUGUACUUCAGAGAUCUUCUGUCUAGGUUGGUUAAAGAAGGUGAUGAUGGUAACUACGGAUCAGCUGCGGUUUGUGACACUAUAUGCUUGCAGGCCCUGUCAAAGAGAAUUCACUACGGCAAAUUCGUAGCAGAAGCAAAAUUCCGAUCCUCCCCAGAUGUCUAUGAAACUGCUAUUAGGGCAAAGGAUCGAUCCAAGCUUAUGGAUUUGCUGACCUACCCUGCAGUCGAAGAGACAAUCAAAAAGAGGGUAGAAAUGAAAACCCAAACACAUGGACAAGAGGUCACUGUGAACAUAGGUGAAGUUGAUGCGGUUCAAGUGUACAAAAUUACUCCAAGCCUAGUUGCCGAUCUAUAUGGAGACUGGAUUAUGCCAUUGACGAAGGAAGUCCAAGUCGAAUAUUUAUUGAGAAGAUUAGAUUGA